AUGGCCGCGUUCUUGACUGGGACUGGCUUAAGACACGGGGACCUUCCGCUGCAGUACUCCGUACUCCGUCCCGUCCAAGCUGGCGUGAUCGCCCGAAGCGCGCUCCUCGGCGAUUUCCUGGAGGCGCAGUCAGCUGUCCCUCUGCCCCAUCUCCUGAUCCACGCCUCGGUUCUGCGCAUGGCUGCCCCGGCAGUGGUGGCGGCUCUUGUCUACCUUUCAUCUGCUACGUCCCAUGGUUGGUACUGGAUGCCGUACGCGUCCAACCUCGCCUCGGCAAGCAUUCUCCCGUUCCUAGUCGAACCUCGGCAUCGAUAUCUUCCGCCGGGGGAGCGAGCCAUGGAUGUCGAUUUUAGCGGGACGGGAGACGGUUGA